GAGAGAUUUUAAUUUUUUUGGUAAUUUUCUAAAUUCUAACCUUCUUAUAGAAAAAAUAGAGGGAAAGAAAUGAAAGAGAAAAUAGAAAGAAACCUGUCAAGUUAAGUAAAUGAAAGGAAAAAUAGAAGUAAAAAGGGGCCACGUUGAUUUGUUUAUCAGUUGUGUCAUUUUCUGCUCUGGACCUUCUCCUCCCUAACUCCGCCCCUCUCCAACAUUUCUUCUCGUCUUUGAUCGGUGUUUGAUAAGAGGUCAAUGAGAGUGCUUGAAAUGCCUUGCCGAGAAUAACGAUUGGUGCGGCGGAGACAGAUGGGUUUUGCGUGUAGUUUGAAGCAUCCUGCUGCGUUUCAUGGUGGUGAAGGUACUAGUUAUAGGAUAUUGGAUCCGUUAUGUCCUAGGUUUAGAUGUAGAAAUUUCAGUUACAAUGUUUUUGAUCCGAAGAUUGGAUCGAAAGCUCAGUCCCUGAAGAAAAUGAGGAAAAGCAUGGCAUAUAGUGGUUGUUUAAGUUCAAAUUUGGUUUUCAGAGGGAAAUUUGAUAGUCAUCUGUGCAGUUCGUAUUCGAGUUCAUCAUUGUUUUAUGGUUUGCCUGAUGUGUUGAAAGUAAGAGGAGUUAAGUCGCGAUGUCAAGGUAAUGAUUCUUUGGCGUAUGUUGAUGGGAAUGGUCGGAAUGUGGAAUUUGCAGAGAGUAGUGAUGAGAGCUCAAGUGGUACUGUAUCGAAUGGUUUGGGAGAAGAAGAGAGAAAUGUAAGUAAUGAAGUGGAAUCACCUAGUCUGGAUGAUUUGAGGGAAUUGUUGCAGAAGACAAUGAAGGAAUUGGAAGUGGCACGUCUUAAUAGUAGGAUGUUUGAGGAAAAGGCUCAGAAAAUAUCAGAAGCUGCGAUAGCCUUGAAGGAUGAAGCAGCUAAUGCUUGGAAUGAUGUUAAUAGCACACUUAAUAUGAUUCAAGCUACUGUUAAUGAAGAGUGUGUUGCCAAAGAGGCUGUUCAAAAAGCAACAAUGGCACUAUCUUUAGCUGAAGCAAGGCUUCAGGUGGUAGUAGACUCAUUUGAACCUCUGAAACUGGGAAAUGAUUCCUCAGAAAGUUCUGGAGAGAGUGAUGUGGAGAUUGAUGUUAGGGUAGAUAAUGGAGCACUAUUGGCUGCACAAGUUGAGAUUAGGGAAUGUCAAGAGAAGUUGGUGAAUUGUGAAGCAGAGUUAAGGCACUUGCAGAGUAUAAAGGAGGAGUUGCAGAAGGAAGCGGACAGAUUGAAUGAGCUUGCAGAGAAAGCACAGAUGGAUGCCUUGAAAGCUGAGGAAGAUGUGGCAAACAUCAUGCUUUUGGCAGAGCAAGCUGUUGCUUUUGAAUUGGAGGCUGCACAACGAGUGAAUGACGCAGAGAUAGCCCUACAAAAAGGUGAAAAGUCUCUUUCUAAUUUGACUGUGGAGACUGCUGAAGCUGCCCAGGGGCAGGUUUUGGGUGAAGAGAUUGUUGUCGAGGAGGAAAAGCUCAGUCAAGGGGGUUCUAGUGAUAUUAUUGUUGAAAGAGAAGGGGAUGCCCUUAUUAAUGGUGAUACAGUAGUUGGUGAGCCUACACCAGACAUCUUAUCUGACAAAGCCAGCAAAAGUUCUGAAGAUCUCAGACAAUUUGAUGAUUUGAGUGAUCAUGAGAACGGAAUGCUGGGUUUAGAUUCCAAAGAAGCUGAAAUGGAAGUGGAAAAGUCAAAAAAUGUUCAACCAAAGAAGCUUGAAACUCAAAAGGAUCUGACAAGGGAAAGUUCACCCCCAAAUGCCCCGAAGUCAUUGUUAAAUAAAUCUUCCCGUUUCUUUUCUGCAUCAUUCUUUUCCUUCACUGUUGAUGGGACAGAGUUCACACCAGCAUCAGUUGCCCAGGGUCUUUUGAAGUCUGCAAGGGAACAAAUUCCUAAGCUGGUUGUAGGAGUACUGCUCUUUGGAGCUGGGGUUGCCUUCUAUGCUAAUCGGGCAGAGAGGAGUGCUCAGCUGCUGCAGCAGCCAGAUGUCAUCACCACUAGUAUAGAAGAAGUUUCCUCAAAUGCAAAGCCUCUGAUCCGACAAAUACAGAAAUUUCCAAAAAGACUAAAAAAACUUGUUGCAAUGCUUCCUCAUCAAGAGAUGAAUGAGGAGGAGGCCUCCCUCUUUGACGUGUUGUGGUUACUGCUGGCAAGUGUAAUUUUUGUGCCUAUAUUUCAGAAAAUUCCUGGAGGCAGUCCUGUUCUUGGAUAUUUGGCUGCUGGUGUCUUGAUUGGGCCUUAUGGUCUGUCCAUAAUUCGUCAUGUGCAUGGAACCAAAGCAAUUGCUGAAUUUGGAGUUGUUUUCUUGCUAUUUAAUAUUGGCCUUGAGCUAUCUGUUGAAAGGCUAAGUUCCAUGAAGAAAUAUGUUUUUGGAUUAGGCUCUGCCCAGGUCUUGGUGACAGCAGUUGCAGUUGGCCUGGUUGCUCAUUUUGUUGCUGGGCAGCCUGGUCCAGCUGCGAUAGUGAUUGGGAAUGGCCUGGCAUUAUCUUCAACUGCAGUUGUGCUGCAGGUAUUACAGGAGCGAGGUGAGAGUACUUCACGCCAUGGACGUGCUACAUUUUCUGUCUUACUUUUUCAGGAUUUGGCUGUUGUUGUUUUGCUUAUACUUAUACCUCUUAUCUCACCAAAUUCAUCAAAAGGAGGGGUUGGUUUUAGAGCCAUCGCAGAAGCUCUUGGACUGGCUGCUGUUAAGGCUGCAGUUGCCAUAACUGCAAUUAUUGCCGGUGGACGGUUGUUGCUUCGACCAAUUUAUAAGCAAAUAGCUGAAAAUCAAAAUGCAGAAAUAUUCUCUGCCAAUACUCUUCUUGUUAUUCUAGGGACAAGUCUUCUAACUGCUAGGGCUGGGCUUUCCAUGGCAUUGGGAGCAUUUCUGGCUGGUUUGCUUCUUGCAGAGACUGAAUUCUCUUUGCAGGUUGAAUCAGAUAUUGCUCCAUAUCGUGGCCUCUUAUUGGGUCUCUUCUUCAUGACGGUUGGCAUGUCCAUUGACCCAAAACUUCUUGUUUCAAAUUUUCCUGUCAUUGCGGGGGCGUUAGGACUCUUAAUUGGUGGCAAGACUAUAUUGGUGGCUUUGGUUGGUAGGUUUUUUGGUAUUUCAAUCAUAUCUGCCAUAAGGGUUGGACUUCUUCUAGCUCCAGGUGGAGAAUUCGCAUUUGUGGCUUUCGGUGAAGCUGUUAAUCAGGGUAUACUGUCUUCUCAGCUAUCCUCAUUGUUGUUCCUUGUUGUGGGGAUCUCAAUGGCCCUCACACCAUGGCUUGCUGCUGGAGGCCAGUUAAUUGCGUCUCGUUUUGAGCUGCAUGAUGUUAGAAGUUUAUUGCCUGUUGAGAGUGAGACUGAUGAUUUGCAAGAUCAUAUUAUCCUUUGUGGAUUCGGACGUGUUGGGCAGAUCAUAGCUCAGCUUCUUUCAGAACGCCUAAUUCCAUUUGUUGCUCUUGAUGUGAGGAGUGAUAGGGUGGCAAUGGGGCGUGCACUGGACCUUCCUGUUUAUUUUGGAGAUGCUGGUAGUCGAGAGGUCCUUCAUAAAGUUGGUGCUGAAAGAGCGUGUGCUGCAGCAAUAACCUUGGAUACUCCUGGUGCCAAUUACAGAACUGUUUGGGCUCUGAGCAAGUAUUUCCCUAAUGUGAAAACUUUUGUUCGUGCUCAUGAUGUUGAUCAUGGCCUGAAUUUGGAAAAAGCUGGGGCUACAGCUGUUGUGCCAGAGACCUUGGAACCAAGUCUGCAGUUGGCAGCUGCAGUUCUUGCACAGGCUAAACUGCCCACAUCCGAGAUUGCAGCAACAAUUAAUGAAUUCAGGUCCCGACACCUUGCGGAGCUAACUGAGCUGUGCCAAACUAGUGGAAGUUCUCUUGGUUAUGGAUUUUCCCGAGUCUCGAGUAAAUCCAAAACUCAAUCUUCAGAUUCUUCAGAUGAAAACCAAUUCAGUGAAGGAACUUUGGCAAUAUGAAAGAUUUAUAGUGUUAACCAGGUAAGUGGUCACAAAAAAAAGAAAAAGAAAAAGAAAAAACUGUAUAGCAGACUACUGUCCCAUUGUUACAAGUUGUACAGAAAAAGAACAAAAAGGGGAGAGCGGAAGGCAGUAUCGGACUUUUUCACUGACCAUUUUUGAAGUGGUUGAUAGAGUUUUGAGAAACCUUUCUUAAUAUUUUGUCAAAAGGGAAACCAUUGUUGUUGUUACCAAUGGUAAUAGACAGGAAAGGACCUCAUGGAAUGUCAAUGGACUUUUCGAUCAUCAAUAGCAUAUAUUUUCAUCGAUUGCAGUU